AUGGGAAGAGCACAGUACCUCUUCGUGGGGCUUCUCCUCCUCACCGUGAUUCAGGCCCGUAAGUGUACUAUUGUUUGUCUCGUAUUGUACAUGAUACUUUUUACUUUGACUUUUGUUCUCCGAUAAUAUACGAGUUUAGACAUAUAGUAUAGUAGGUAUAAUAUCUCACAGUAAACAUAUUACUCAUAAUCAUGCCAUUUAGUCUUUUUAACAUUGGAAAUGUCAAAAUGCAAGUUUAGUUUAUAUUAUAAUAAUAGAGAAGAACCGCUGAGUAGUUGAUGGUUUCAGGAGUCUUGGUGUCAGUCAGCAACAAAACCUUCAAAAGGGUCGAAGCCAGUAGCAACUCGUCGGAUUCCAAAGCAUGUUGUUGUCAUAUUUGUUUGGUAAGCCUAAGCUCCCUUCUAAGUAUUUCAUUUCCAAAUUCGAAACCAGAAGUAUGAAUUUAGGAUUGUCCUUGUUGCUCAUGCCGAAAAGAAUAUGAACAUAGUCGAAAGGAAAAACUAGACUCAGAAGAAGAUUUCGCCAGACCAGGAAGACCUGGACCAACUGAAAACCCAUCUUCGACAACAACUGGAGGACCACAUCCAAUACCAUCUUCGACAACCACAACAGAAGGACCAUCUACAACAACUACAACAGAAGAACCAUCCACAACAACUACACCAGUAAGACCAUCAACAACAACUACAACAGUAGGACCAUCAACAACUACUACAACUGCUGGGCCUUCUCCAGCACCAUCAUCCACAACAACGACUCUACCUCCAGGACCAUCAUCAUCCACCAGCCCGCCUUCAGGCCUUACCACAACCACCUGCACCCCAACGUCCGCGUAUCCAACAGCCCCACCCUCGUACCCAACAGCUCCACCCUCGUACCCAACAGCACCAUCUUCUUAUCCGACGGGACCACCCCCCUAUCCAACCGGCCCACCUCAGCCCACCCAUGCUCCCCAAUACCCCACCCAGCCGCCCGCCUAUCCAACAUUCCCACCGACCACGCCCUGCCCUCACUUUGGAAGGACGUGCCCUCUGGACGUCGAAAUACCGUGCUUCAGAUGUCCGUGUCUGGGACCUUGUGUUAUAGUACCAAGGAACCGGUGUCCAUGUGCUAUAGUAGACCUUACGCCUUAUCGCUGUCGUAAGUUAAAUUUAACCAAGAGAUUACAGUAUACGACUGAGUUUAAUAUGGCGAGGAAUGCCAAAAAUAUGAUACUUUGCAAUAUAAACCUUAACAUUCCCUAUAUAUAUCCCUUAUUCACUGACCUAAUACCACGUUUUUAGCUAACCCAUCAAUCAUGUUGAUCAAUUCCAAUGAUCUACAACGUUACAUUGCCGCUGGCUAUAACCAGAGCUCUCUGGUCUCCAACUUCGUCUGUCAAUACCAACCAGGACUAGUACCCGGCUAUCCUGAGCCAAUCCCAUCAUCCGUGGCACCUCCUGGUCCAACAGGCCCUCCAGGACCAACUGACUCUCCAUUCUACCCACAACCUUGGCCUAUCCCAACAGAAGCACCACCUGGUCCUCCAAGCCCAACCGAUACUCCUUUCUACCCUCAGCCAAUCCCAACAGCAGUACCUGGUCCGCCAGGCCCCCCAGGACCACCUGGACCAUCUAGCCCAGGCUAUCCCCAGCCGACUGCAGUACCACCGCCAGGUCCACCUUCUCCACCCGGACCUCCCGGCCCACCAGGGCCUCCGGGACCACCAAGCCCACCGGCACCGCCAGCACCACCAGCCCCAUACCCAGUCUACACCACCCAAGUCCCGCCCCAGCCCUACGUUCAGCCUAUUACCCCUGCCCCAUCUAGUGCGGCUUCUGUGCCAAAACUACUGGCCUUGAUCGUUGCCAUAGUAUCAUUCGUACUGUUCUGCUUCUGA